AUGGCGACGAGUGCGAAGCGAAAGCAAGAGGAGACCCAUCUGAAGAUGCUCCGGGAAAUGACUAGCCUGCCCGCGAAUAGGAAAUGCUUCGACUGCGACCAGCGCGGCCCGACCUAUGUCAACAUGACAGUGGGCUCCUUCGUCUGUACCACCUGCUCCGGAAUAUUGCGAGGAUUGAAUCCCCCACACAGAGUGAAGUCCAUCUCUAUGACCACAUUCACACAGCAGGAAAUUGAGUUCCUACAGAAACACAGCAACGAGGUCUGUAAACACAUCUGGUUGGGCCUCUAUGACGACAGGACAUCAGUUGUUCCAGAUUUCCGAGAACCUCAGAAAGUAAAAGAGUUCCUACAGGAAAAAUAUGAAAAGAAACGAUGGUAUGUUCCUCCAGACCAGGCGAGGGCAGUAGCGAGUGUUCAGGCCUCUGUGUCCGGCUCCUCAGCUAGCAGCACUGGCAGUACCCCAGAAGUCCAACCCCUCAAGACCCUGCAGCUCAACAAGACCCCCCUACGCCAGUCUCCAGGGCUCGGUCGUUCUCAGGCUCACACUGCUGCUCAGGAGAAGAAAUUUGACUUACUUUCAGACCUUGGAGGAGACAUUUUCGCUGCACCACCUUCUCAGACUGCCAGCUCUACUAACUUUGCCAACUUUGCACAUUUUCAAAGCCAGUCAGCACCUCAGGGUCAUUCAAAUACCAACUUUGCCAACUUUGAGGCAUUUGGAAACACUGCAAUUCCAUCUCAUCUGAGCACGUCACCCCCCUCAAAGUCCUUUCCAUCAGGGGGAAGUGUGCCAAUUCCUUCAAUGUCUAGUGCCGUUCCCUCCCAGUCCCAGACAGGGAGCUGCACAGAGGACCGCUAUGCUGCUUUGGCGGAGUUGGACAACGAGCUCAGCUCCUCUGUCUCCUCAGGCAGCAACGUGCCAGGGAACAUAUUUGGACCGGUGCUUGGUUCAUCACCAGCCCAGAAUCCACCUGUGUUACCCAGCAUGCAGCCAGGCUUUGGAGCCGUCCCGUCCACAAACCCCUUUGUUGCUGCAGCUGUUGCUCCAGAGAUGGCAACCAACCCUUUCCAGACCAAUGGUAGAGCUCCAUCUGCAGCCUCGUUUGGUACUGGCUCUAUGAGCAUGCCUGCCGGCUUUGGGAAUGCGUCUUCCUACUGCCUCCCGACCAGUUUCAGCGGAAACUUCCAGCAGCAAUUCCCUGGCCAGGCCCCCAUCCCUUAUUCUCAACCUGGGGGUUACCACCCUCAGUCUAAUGGCCCUGCAUUCCCUGUCUACGGUCAGAACAAGCCCUCCAUGACGCCCUUUGGGCAGCCUAUGGCUGGCCCUGGCAUGUCCAAUAACCCAUUUAUGGCUGGAGCGCCGGCUGGGCCCUUCCCUUCAGGGGGAUCGACCAACCCCUUCCUGUAGCACAGCUCCCAGACCUCGCCAGCAGAGGGCAGCAUGCAGCACAUAUUCAACGCACUCGUUCCGUCACGCAAUUAGUGGCAGUACAUUUCUUAUAUAAAAAAAAAAGACUUCUUUUUUUUCCAUAAAAGAAGUUUACAACACUAUGAAGGAGUACAAAGGACUAUUAAAGACUAAGGGACUGUUAUGGGGGGUGUACUGUUUGGACUAUAUACAAUGCAUUAUAUGCUUUUUAUUUUUUGUUUAUUACUGUAAGCUCUGUGCAUAUCAUCAUUUGUAAUCACAAUUAAGUACAUGUUAUGUAUAACAAGGACUGAGUUAACAAUGGUGAGUAUACACACCUUGUGGAUAAAAACCACUACAAACUAUCUAUGUAAGUAAGGGUAUACCAUUUAGGAAUAUUAACAGGGUUCCAUCCAAAUCCAUAAUCUGUGGUUUGAAGUAACCAUGAUGGUGCAGGUUUUUCAUUUUCAAAAAGGGACUUUGCUUUGUUCUUUUAGCAUAACUGCUACUAUAGUGGCACUAAGGUGCCAAAUGUUUUUGAAGAUCCAGAGUGCUAUUUUAAGGAGUCAACAGAUGCCCUUUAUUCUAAACAACCAAACCCAGGUCUUUAAAAGGCAGCGUAACAUCCUCCUGUAACAUACUUAGCUUGAACAGUUGCAUAUUGCCACUUUCUGUGCAACUGUGGAAAAAAGGGUUGAAUCUAAAUCUUGGUUUGAAACCAAGGCUAGCUCCUAGAUGAAGGCCAGCACGUAAAGGACAUAAAAGACAUGUCUGCCAGAGCACAAAAGGAGAAAUGAGACAAACAGCGCUGAUAUUAAGAGGUUUCUUUGUCCUGACCAAGUACAUAAAAACACUGAUGUUACUCACUGUCCUGUCAGUAACCUUGUUCUACGGGGCUGAAAAUGUCAGAGGAGCAAGUUAUGGAUAUUUGUGGUAAAAACUAAGGAAAUACUGUUAGGAAAGCAUAAGGUCGUUUGUUUUUACCCAAAUUGGGUUGCCUAAAACAAAGUGUUUUAUAAUGUCGUCAGGAGCCAGGGAAUGACAGGUUUACUAGACCCUGCCUAGAGUUAAAGGUGGAAGCCUUUUGGAAAAAAAAAAAUGCAAAAC